CUUCGGCUUCGGGCAGUUACGAAGUCCACUCUUUGGUUCAACGACAUUCUGUCGGGCCCGCGUUGCCCUACAACGUUCUUCUCUUCCGCUUGUCGGUCAUGGGGGAGUCGUCCUCUGCAUCUGUCACUCCGCUCACUCACCUGACAGCGCACAUUGCUGCCCUGGCUCGCAAAUGAUGGCGGACGUCCUCUGGCUCCAACAAUGAUGCCCUCCGCUUCGGAUGCGGUGCCGUUACUGGCCGUCUGGUCCGGCACAACUAACGGAUGGACUCGCACACCUCGAAUCCCAUAUCCGUACUGUCCUUUGCCUUUGUGUAUAUCAUGGCUGAUAUUUCUGUUGGCGUUCGUCAACCGGUCGUCGGCCAUGGACCCGGUCGAGAACUUCUGCAGACGGUUCGGCCACCAAACAGCCGUAAUUGACAGAAGGCUAUACAUCGACGGCGGUUUCAUCAACUAUAACCCGCUCUCGCAAUACCCAACGAAUUACUCUAACUUCGGACUGCAUUACCAUGACCUCGACACGCCGGGCGAGAAGCUGAUGCCUCAGCUUUAUGCCAAUUUGACCAAGAAUACCACAAUACCCAGUGUCAACGGAGGGACCCUUUGGGCAGAUAAUGUCAACAAGCGGCUCUAUCUCUUUGGCGGAGAGUACUACCAGCAGCCCCCAUCACAGCAAUAUACUCUGUGGUCCUUCGACACCAUCUACAACACAUGGGAAUCCUUUGGCUCUCCGGCGCAGGACGAUAUUGGCGCCGUCUCAUACGGCGCCGGGGUAUCCGUCUCUGAAACGGGUGAGGGCUACUACUACGGUGGUUGGAGAUCAAACAACACCGUGCCGGGCUGGACUGGCCCGCCGCUUGCGCAGACGGGCCUGGUAAAGUACACCAUGGACUCCAACACCUGGUCGACGGAUGCGGGACCGGACUCGGUCGGGAGGGCAGAAGGGUCCAUGGUGUUUAUUCCCGUCGGAGAUGGGGGGAUGUUGGUAUAUUUCGGCGGCGUCCAGGAUCCUCACGGCAACGGCAGCUGGGUUGGGCAGCCGAUGGAGAGAAUCUUUCUGUUUGAUCUCCUGAGCUCGAAGUGGUACAUCCAGAAUGCCACCGGGACAAUUCCGCCAAUGCGGAGGCGGUUCUGUGCCGGGGCGACUUGGGCACAAGAUCAGACGAGCUACAAUAUAUAUCUCUACGGCGGCGUAGGCAUGCCCCCAAACACGGGGGGGUUCGACGACGUGUACGUUCUCACGAUCCCCUCGUUCCAAUGGAUCAAGAUGUACCCAACAGACGGCAGCUUGACCGGCGAGUACGGUCACCACUCGCUCAGCUGCAAUGUCAUUGAUGGCGCCCAGAUGAUUAUCAUUAGGGGCACAUUUCCAAACAGAGACCAUUGUGACGUGCCGGAACAGUACGGCGUCCACAACAUGGAUAUGGGCCAACAAAACGAAGAGAAAGCGCUAUGGAAAAUCUUCGUCACGAACAUCACCAAGUACGCCGUCCCAGAACCCAUCAUCGCCGCCAUUGGUGGUUCAGCGGACGGAGGAGCAACCAAGACCGUCCCCGACGCGGGAUUCGACAGCUCCGAUCUCCGUGUGCUCAUGACGCGCAAAGCCCAUAUCCCUAGCAGAACACCAACACGCCCUCCCGCACCAAUACGAACACCCGGUCAGGGCAAACACCUCUCCACAGGCGCCAUAGCCGGUAUCGCCGUCGGAGGUACCGUGGCCCUGGUAUCCUUAGCCCUCGCCGUCAUAAUCCUCAUCCGCCGCCGCCGCUACCUCCUGUCAGACAGCCAACCUCAGCCCAAUUACGCUCCCACUAGCCCACAUGAAUGGAGUCCUCAUGCCACUAGCUCAGCGACUUACACCCCCAACAGCCCGCACCCGCACAGCCUUUUCCUGCACCACCACGGCAACGGCUACCUUCUCCCGUCUCAACCAGCCGAACUCCCCGUCCCCUCAUCACCACAACCCCGGUUCGCACCGGGCAUGACAUCCUGGCUGAGCCCAGACGGCUUUCUGUACGAACUUGUGUCCGGGGCGCAGCAUCCGGACGUCGCCGCCGUUGGCGCAACGCCAACGGCAGCCCUGAGCGGAGGCCUUGGCGGCGGUCACGGUGGCCAUGACAGCGGAAUGGACACUGGGACAAGCAGCAGUGAUGCUAGUGGACAGCCGCACCCGCAGACCAAGGUUGACUCGGAGGGGAGGGUGUGGGUGCAGGUCUCCAACGUCUCGCCGCAUUCUCUGCCGCCGUCUUCCAUCCCGCCUGGGCGGCCGUCGCUCAAGGUUACGGGUGGUGGAGAAGGAAGAAGGGGGGGGAGUCCCGGGGGAUUGGGGUCACAGCGGUACGAUUCCAGACCGGGAGGGAGGGAGCCUGUGAUGAUGCCUGGGUCUGAGAUGGAGCAGCAGCAGCAGCUGGUGAGUGCUUCUUCUGGUAGGGUGCCAGAAGAACCGCAGGAGUUGAGCUGCGAGUCGACGGGUGAGGCGGAGUGGGAUGCGGCGCAUGGACGGCCGCGGCAUAUGACUUUUUAUCAUGCUUGAUUUUCUAGAAUGGCUCAGGCUGGGUUUCUUUGGUGUGGGUGGCUGAUGAGUGUGUGUGCGUUCUGGGUGGAUGGGGCAACAGCAGGAUAGUUGGUUGCUGCCAGUGUUCUUCAGUACGCAAUGGGGAGGGGGUUUCGAGAACUGCCCUAGAUACGACUCGACAUGUGAUUAGCAAGUCCACUGAAGCCACGAGUUCAAGGACUGUUACAGUGAGCCUACGUGUCUGUAGGCCGGAUAGAUAUGUCGGAGAGGAAUGAGAGCAAUUGUUUGGUGCAAGGCCGGUUGGUCUCGAGGCUCGGAGACUUUGGGCUCGGAGACGGCUGCUAACCUUCCGCU